AUGGACCUGGACGACCAAUGGAAAACCCACCCAUUUAGCAGCUCUAUCCAUCAUGAUUCUUCCAGCAUCAAGAUGGAUGCUAAGAACAAUCCGACUUGUGAAGAACCAGAAGAGAUACCAUCGCCCAAGUUGAGUGAUUGGCUGAAGAGCUCAACAACUCCAUGGCGCUCUCCAAUCCGGCAUGGCUCAAUGAUGAUGAUGCCUUCCACUCCUCUAGCUUGGCGGUUCGAUUCAGCUGACUUAACUCUUAAAGAAGACUUCUUCUGA